CCGAUGGGGACGACGGCAAAGCAGGAAAUGGAUCGAUUCUGGGAGAAGAACACCCGACUGAGCCGCCCCAUGUCACCCCACAUCAGUAUUUAUGGAUGGUCUUUGCCUAUGAUGAUGUCCAUCACCCACCGAGGUACCGGCGUCGCAUUGAGCGCUGGCGUGUCGCUCUUCGGUCUGGCGGCCCUCGUUCUCCCCGGGGACUUUGCGUCACACUUGGAGUUGGUCAAAUCCCUCAGCCUGGGCCCGAUGCUCAUAUACUCUGCAAAGUUUGCCCUGGCCUUCCCUUUCUCGUUCCAUAGCUGGAACGGCAUCAGACACUUGGCCUGGGACACGGGCAAAGGCUUCAAGAUCUCUGAAGUCGACCGAUCCGGUUUAGUGGUCUUGGCUCUCAGCUUCCUAUCAGCAGCCGGCAUCGCUGCCCUAUAAUAAGGACUCUUUUUUUUUCUGAGGGAACUCCC